AUGUUGGCGGCAUUGGCUCUGGUUCUGUUGGUGUUCAAUGCAAGUGAGGGACGGAUUCUGAGUAAAUGUGAGCUGAAGGCCAAGCUGGAGGCUGCUCAGCUUCAGGAGAUUAAGGUCACAGGAGAAAAAUUGGACGUGAAAGAUCUUGUUGCUAGAUGCUCAACCACAAACCCCACCACAGGCUCAACCUCAAGCCCCACCACAAGCUCAACCUCAAACCCCACCACAGGCUCAACUUCAAGCCCCACCACAGGCUCAACCUUAAGCCCCACUACAGUCUUCACUACAGGCUCAAUCUCGAGCCCCAGCACAGGCUCAACCACAGACUCCACUACAAGCCCCACCACAAGCCCUACCACAGGCUCAACCUCAAGCUCCACCGCAGGCUCCACCACAGGCUCAACCUCAAGCCCCACCACAGGUUCAACCUCAAGCUCCACUACAGGAUCAACCACAAGCCCCACCACAGGCUCAACGUCAAGCCCCACCACAGGCUCCACUACAGGCUCAACCUCAAGCUCCACCACAGGCUCCACUACAGGCUUAACCUCAAAUCCCACCACAGGCUCUACUACAAGCCCCACCACAAGCUCCACCACAGGCUCAACCUCAAGCCCCACCACAGGCUCAACCUCAAGAUCCACCACAGGCUCAACUACAAGCUCCACUACAGGCUCAACCUCAAACCCCACCACAGGCUCAACCUCAAGCCCCACCACAGUCUCAACCUCAAGCCCCACCACAGGCUCCACUACAAGCCCCACCACGAGCUCCACCACAGGCUCAACCUCAAGCCCCACCACAGGUUCAACCUCAAGCCCCACCACAGUCUCAACCUCAAGCUCCACUACAGUCUCAACCACAAGCCCCACCACAGACUCAACCUCUAUCCCCACUACAGGCUCAACCUCAAGCUCCACCACAGGCUCCACUACAGGCUUAACCUCAAAUCCCACCACAGGCUCUACUACAAGCCCCACCACAAGCUCCACCACAGGCUCAACCUCAAGCCCCACCACAGGCUCAACCUUAAGCCCCACCACAGGUUCAACCUCAAGCCCCACCACAGGCUCCACCUCAAGAUCCACCACAGGCUCCACUACAAGCUCCACUACAGGCUCAACCUCAAACCCCACCACAGGCUCAACCCCAAGCCCCACCACAGUCUCAACCUCAAGCCCCACCACAGGCUCCACUACAAGCCCCACCACGAGCUCCACCACAGGCUCAACCUCAAGCCCCACCACAGGUUCAACCUCAAGCCCCACCACAGUCUCAACCUCAAGCCCCACCACAGGCUCAACCUCAAGCCCCACCACAGUCUCAACCUCAAGCUCCACUACAGGCUCCACUACAGGCUCAACCACAAGCCCCACCACAGGCUCAACCUCAAGCCCCACCACAGGCUCAACCUCAAGCCCCACCACAGGCUCAACCACAAGCCCCACCACAGGCUCAACCUCAAGCUCCACUACAGGCUCAACCACAAGCCCCACCACAGGCUCAACCUCAAGCUCCACCACAGGCUCCACCACAGUCUCAACCUCAAGCUCCACUACAGGCUCCACUACAGGCUCAACCACAAGCCCCACCACAGGCUCAACCUCCAGCCCCACCACAGGCUCAACCUCAAGCUCCAGUACAGGGUCCACUACAAGCCCCACCACAAGACCUACCACAGGCUCAACCUCAAGCGCCAACACGAGUCCAACCACAAAAUCCAUCCCAAGACCCGUCACAGUCUCCCCUUCAAGGCCCACCCCAAAGAAUCCCUCAAACCCCCAAAGAGGCCGCCGUCACAUUCCUUUUUUUCCCAAACCCAAUGGUCCCAUGUUUGAGGAGAAGGAGCCAAAGAGGCCCACCGUCUGGCGCCUGUAUGGAGUGUUUCAGCUCAGUGAUCAGUGGGCCUCCAGAUAUACCCAAAUUAUGUGA